GUUAUACCAUGGACCUAUUCAAGAGGUGAAUAACAGAGCACUGAAUGCUGCAAUAAUUGACACGUUAACAACCAUAUUGCACACAUAAAACAUUGCAUUCGUUAUUCUUUUUUGAGAUCCGUAGUCAUAAUUUGUGCUUUUCUGAUGCGUAACUGGAAUUACCACUUUUAAACAACUUUCUGCCGAAUCCCGAUACAGAGGUCAGAGGAGUAGCCUAAAUUUAUAAUAUAGGCUGAAAAGGUUUUUCAAUUGACCGAAUACACCUAUCCUCUGCCCCUCCUCAUGGAGGUGCUCGCUUGACUGAAAAUAACCCGAGCAGCUGUCCUCCUCCUCCCGCUCCCGAGUGCAGACUCAGCCAGCAUCUAUCUGGGCCAUAUCCACAACACACGUUUGGAGUUCGGUUAUUUUCCAUAAGGUACCUGAGGGGAAGCCAUGUCUUCACCAGCUCCUCCCCCACCUCCUCCCCCCGCACCUCCUCCGCCACCCCCGCUCUUCGUCGCAGCUCCUCUGCAGCCUCGACGCUCCUCGGCCCCUCCCAGGUCCCAGUCCAGCUGUGGGGGGGGGGGCAGGGGUGCCCUGUUGGCGGACAUCCAGAAAGGAGCCAGGCUCAGGAAGGUCACACAGGUCAACGACCGCAGUGAGCCCGUGGUCGACAAGCCCAGCGGUGCAGAUGUGUCCAGCGGUCCAGGCUGUAACCAGGGGGCUCAGGGCGGGGCGGGCCCCACCCUCGGGGGCCUCUUCGCCGGGGGGUUCCCCACACUGCGGCCCGUAGGACAGAAGGAUGCAGUGAAGAGCCAAGUGUCUCGUUCCAGCUCGUCGGUGACCCCCAGACCCGUGUGGAACCAGCCUCCGCCCGGCGAGUCCAGCACCGACCCCGCCCCGCCCCUCCAGCCGAUGGAGGGCGACGCUGCCGUUCCCGCCCAGCAGCGCUCCACAGGCCCCUCCCACUCGGCCCCGCCCUCCCCCUCCCACACGGGCAGGCCGCUGCCGCCCCCCGCCCCCACCUCCUCCCCACCGCCGCCCCCCUUCGCCGUCCCACCACCACCCCCCCCUCCUCCACCUCCUCCACCGGCGCCCCCGCUACAGCAGCCCCCCCCCGCCCCGCUCCAGGACCGCCCCGUCAGCAGGCCGCCCCCCGUCCCCACCUGCCCCCCCCCGCCUCCGCCCCACCAGGUCACCCGCCCCACCUGGCUGCCCGUGCAGCACCACCACCCCCACCCCCACCACCACCCCCACCACCACCACCCGCAGCCCCUCACCCCCCCUCCCCACCCCCCUCCCUCUGCACCGCCCUCCUCCAACCCCAACCGCUCCUCGGGGUGCUUCUACCCUCCGCCCGCCUGCCACGUCUCCCUGGGACCCCCGCCUCCCCCCCCCCCACUCCCGGCGUCCUUCACGCCCAGCUGCCCCACCACGCUGCCCCCGCCCCCACCCCCUCCCCAGGCCCCCCCCAUGUCCCAGCGCCUCGGGGCUCCCCCUCUGCCCCCGCUGCCUCCGUCCUACCCCUGCACCGCCCCCACCCGACGGCCUCCGGCGGUGCCCCGCAGCGCAGGUGUGAGUCGCUUGGCUCCUCCCCCCGCCCCGCCCGCCAGGUCGCCCACCACAGAGCUGUCUGGCCGCAUUCCACCUCCUCCUCCCUUCCUGCCCCCCGCAAGCCUCAGGAACGGACACCUGCACAGCCUGGACGACUUCGAGUCCAAGUUCCAGUUCCAUCCGGUGGAAGACCUGCCCCCACCUGAAGAGUACAAGCCCUUCCUCCGCAUCUACCCCAGCAAACAGAACAGAGAGAACCCCAUGCCCCCUGGGAUCCGAACCCAACUCAGAUGAGACCUCACACCCUGCCUGCUCCUCGGCCCACAACAACAAACGGCUGCCCGCCCGGACUCAUUCCAUUCCUCCACUCCACGUGUCUUGGACUCUAAUGACAGCAUUUCUGUGGGGUGUGUAAGCAGGGGUGCGGCAGCAUUGUCACACAGUGUGCGUAUAUUCUGUGGCUGUGUGUUUUUUUAGGGUUCCCAAGGGCCGUGGCACUUGCCGGGCCCAACCCAGAAUAAUGUGACCUCUGACCUCUUCUACGGUGGAAUGUUUCAAAUGUGUGUGUGUGUGUGUGUUCUGUAGUUUCUUGCUCCUGUGUGUGUGUGGGUCCACAUCUGUUUUUUUUCAUUUCCUUAUUCUUCAACAGAUAGACCAGACGUAUGCACACAGAGCAAUAACAAAGUAUCCUUUGGUGGCUAAAAUUACCUCGACAUACAGUGCUUCCAAAGGUUACCAUAAGACAUACUCAUAAUGUUUGUAACAGAGUGACAAUUGUAUACUGUAAAUCCUUUUCAAGAAACUUCUACAAGACGACAUUUGUUUUGUUAUUAAACUCAAACCUGUUCGCUUAUGCUAUGAAAGAGUCACUGCAAUCUUGAGUAACACGAUACACACGUACAGUUAAAUAAGUCACCAGUGAAAUACGCAAACAGUUAUCCAUUAUUAUCUUGACUUUGAUUCUGACACAAUCCAAUGGUGCUAUACAACUUAAAACUUUUAUAUUUUACUAGAAAGGUAUCUCUUUAAGUAAUCUGCUUACAUGUUAAUAUCUUCAGCAUUUAAAUUAUCAGAUCAUAGUGUAAAGUGUAUUGAGCAAUGGUGUUGGCAGGUAAUAACCAACUCAUUUAUUGUGGUCCUUCUCAUAAACAUGUGAAGACAGUGUCAUCUGCUGGUAGAAAGUGGGAGUUAUUACAAAUAAAUAAUUAAUUUAAAAGAAUGACUUCAUCCAAAGUGUAGUAGUUUAUUGGUCAGAAAUAUUAUGAAUUAUCUAGAGCAAUCUAGAAUAUUUUAGUCAUAAGAAGGUUUGGUGGACCAUCAAAGAUUUUUUUGGUGUAACAAGGCAUUUGGUCCAUAGUAUCAGAGAUCACAGUUACUUGGAGCUCUUACAGUGUGUCAAGCAUGGCUAGGAAAUGCAUUGCACCUUGUACAUGUAUAAUAUUGUAUGUGAAAAAAUGAACUUUAACUGAAAUUGUUUUACGACCAAAGAUGUUCUGGGUUUUAUAAAAAUAACAAAAUACUGCAUGUUUAACAAUUCUGUUUCAGGUUUACCGAAUGGAUAUUAAACAGUUCGAGAGACAU